AUGAUAUGCGCCCUAACGGCGCUCAUUCUUGCGCUCGCCGCAAUUUCUUCAGCCCACACUAUAAAACAGGUUUGUCCCUUUCUUCCAAUUUUUCUAGAUUAAAUAUUUUUCCAGCUAUUUUUUGAAGAAGCUCCUUUAUCUGUAGGUAUUGUAGAAAAUUGUUUUUUUUUAGUUUUUUCUAACAUUUUCCAUUUUCAUUCACAUAGGGAAGGUUUAAAUUGUCCAGGGAAAAAAAAAAGUUUUUUUUUCAGAUAUCAGUGCCUGGCGAAAUCACAUUAGGUGGAUUGUUUCCGAUUCAUGAAGCUGGAAGAAAUCAAAGUUGCGGGAAAAUCAAGGUGAGAGAGAGAGAGAGACGCCAGGCGAAAAAGGGAUAGACUCCGCCCACUUUUUUUGAAUUUCCGCUCAAAAAACAACAUUAAACGUUUAUUAUAACACUGAAACUAGAACAUUUGUUGUUUUCCCAGAUUUUUUCCCAAACAAUCCAAAAGUAAAUUUUCGAUAAGCCGGAAAACUUAAAGUAACCACAAUAAUAUUAACAACAGAAUGUGUUGCAUAAACCAUAAGACUAAUAUGAGAAAAUAGUUGAGCAUUUUGUUGAAAAUCUAGAAAAUAACUAAUUGUGAUUUCAACUGACGGUAGAACAGACAUAAAUGAUACAAUAAAUUGUGCAAAAAGACUUUUAAUUGCAUUUCGAUGUUUGUUAUAAUUAUCAUUCGAUAUACGAUGUCGAAAAUCUCGAAGCAUUCGAAACAUUUGAAUCGUUGUAUAAAUUGAUAUAUUUACAGUUAUCGUUUCAGAUAUUGAAAUAGAUAUGAAAAAUAUAUAGAUUUUUGAGUUGGGAACACCCACAAAAAAAUCUUUAAGAUUUUGAAAUUGUUGAAGAUAUUCUGGAUAAUUAUUUGCAAUAUAUUCAAGUUGUUGAUUCAUUGAUAAUCCAGAAAAAUAAUAAAAUGCGAAUAAUAAAAAGGGGUAGACUAUAACAAUGAUUACUAUUAGUUUAUAGAUGUAUUCUGGGAUUUGUUGAGUUUUGCUGAUGCUUGCGAUUGCUUGAUGUUUUCGUAGAAAACACAUUAUUAGAGCACUGUAUUGCAUUGUCACGGUACAUAUCAUUAAACCCUGGAAGAGCAAAGAAGUUGGGCUUAUUUCGGGUUCAGGCUUAGGCUUAAACAAGGUUUGAGGCUUAGGUUUAUUUCGCAUUGGGCUUAGGCUUAUUAGGCUUAUUUCGGGUUAGGCUUAGGCUUAGUUAGGUUAAGCCUACGCUUAUGUAAAGUUAGGCUUAGGCUUAGUUUGGUUAAGCUUAGGCUUAGUUAGGGUUAGGCUUAGACAGAGUUAAGGUUGAGCGUAUGUUAAGCUAAAACAAGGUUUAAGGCUUAGGCUUAGUUCUGGUCAGGCUUAGGCUUAGUUAGGUUAAGCCUACGCUUAGGUAAAGUUAGGCUUAGGCUUAGUUCUGGUUAGGCUUAGGCUUAGUAAAGGUUUGAAGCUUAGGCUUAGUCAAGGAUAGGGCCUAGGCCCAUUAAAGGCUGCAGGCCUUCUAAAACUCACCGACAAAAAUAAUGAUCCCAAACCGAAAACUUUGAACAAGAAACCAUUACAAAACCCGGCAAUAAUUGGAAAUAAAAAAACUGGCUGAAUUCCGAAAGUCAAUAAAACAUCUGAAAUUGUGCAUAGAAUCUGAAAAUUCUGAAUGAUCUGUGAAAAAUUUGGGAUAUCAAAUAGAAAACCUGAAAAAUCAGCAAGUAAUAUCUAUAAUUAUCGAUUUUCGAAUUUUUAAAAAUCACCAAGUAGAAUCCAUAGGCGUUGAAAAUCAGUGAGAAAAUGCCCAGAAUAUGAUAGUAAUUUAUGAGAUAGUUUGGAGCAUAGAAAUCUAUCAUUUUGAGAAAUGAUUGCCAACCAAAAAUGAAAUAAGAAGAAUUAGAGCAGGUGAAAGUUGUUCUGAUUGUGAGCAUUUGAAUUUUUUUGUGUUUUGAAAGGUUUAUCACAGCAUUUUAGGGUGAGACAAAGAGAAUCAGAGAAAACGUAAAAGAAUAGCACACGGCCAUUUCUUUAACGAUGUCGGCAACACGUUUGAAAACGAUCCUAUUCUCAAUUGAACAAUUUCACGUGAGAGAAAAUGAGAGUGUAUAAGUUAACGUGUGAGCGCAGAGAGACGCCAGACGAAAAAGGGAUAUGGACAGACUUUUUUUUUGAAUUUACGCCGCGAAAGUUUUUGAACAAAAAAAAAUAGAAACAAUUUCAGGCUGAUCAAGGUGUUCAGCGAAUGGUCGCGAUGCUUUUCGCGUUAGAACAAGUGAAUCGCGAACGGAUUCUGAUACCUGAAGCAAGUCUUGGCGCCCAGAUUCUUGACACAUGCUCCGUUGACAGCUACGCACUUGAGCAAACUCUCGAAUUCAUCAAAUCAGUAAUGUCAAAUGGCCAAGGAGUGACGUGCGAGGACAAAAAAGCGCCAGCUUACAGUCGACAACCGGUUGUUGCUGUGGUUGGAGCGGCUGGAAGUCAAGUUAGUGUUAUGGUCGCUUCCAUGUUACAACUCUUCAAGGUACUGGUGUUUUUUUUUUCUGAAAAAAAGAGAUUUUUGGGAAAUUUUCAGAUCCCUCAAGUGAGUUACAGUUCAACGGGAGCUGAGUUGAGUGAAAAACCGAGGUUUCAAUUUUUUUCGAGGGUUGUUCCACCGGACAAUUUGCAAGCGUUGGUUAUGGCAAAAGUGGUGGGUUUUUGGGAAUAGUGGGCCUAGAGGCCUGGGAUUUUUUGAGCCUAAAAUUAGGCCUGAAAAUUUGGGAUUUUUUGAGCCUAAAUACGAUCUGAGAAUUUCCUAUCCUCAAGAUCAAAGAUCAAAGAUCAAAAAUUCACAGAUCAAAGCGCUGGGUUGGAAUUACGUGCACGCUGUAGCUGAUACCGGAUCCUAUGGUGAACGUGGAAUGGAUUCUUUCAAAACCGUGGCAAGCAGUGAAAAUAUUUGUAUCGAUGGAGAUGUUCAUAAAAUUUCGAGAAGACAUAGUGAUCAAGCUUUUAAGUGAGUAUUCACCAGAAUUAUUAUUUUAUUUGAAAAAAAACCGAUAAAAAUCUUUGCAGAGACCUUCUACUACGCAUGAAAAAAGGAAGAAAGGCUCGAGGAGUUGUGAUGUUUGUUGAUGAGGAUAAUCUAAAGAAACUUCUGAAGAAUCUCGAUGAAUUGAUAAUUGCGAAUCACACAGAACUUGAUGGUCAUUUUUGGUUCGUCGCAUCUGAUUCUUGGGGAAUCAAACAAUCGGUUGUGAAAGAUGUUGCUCAUCGAACAUACGGAACAAUCACAAUUGCACCAUCAGUUCGGACAGAAGAGGGAUAUAUUGAGUUUUAUGAGAAAUUGGAGCCGAAAGGAUAUGUUUUCCUAGAGGAAUUUUUCGAGUAUUUGGGAUGUGCGAAUCAGGAAAACAUCAAGAAUUUUGGGGAUUGCUUCAAAUUCAUUAAUUUCACUUUAAAACAGGAGAGUUAUGUUCCUUUUGUGGUGGAUACUGUGAAAAUUAUUGCAAAGGCUAUCAGUUUAUACAUUAGAAAUGAUUGUGGGGAUGUGCCUUUUCAUAAGUGUAGAUUGGCACAAGAGGGAUUUAAUGGUGAAAAAUUGCAAAGCUAUUAUCGAAAUCUAUCAUUAAAAGGUUUGUUUCAUGCGACGCGUGUGCGUUGCGGUCAUACAAAAACACAUUGAUUUCUUGUCUUUCGUUGUCUGCGUCUCUUUUCGAACAUUUUCAAAUUUAUUUUUUGAAAAUGACACGCAAAAUUGAUUUGUUUGAAUCGACAUCUUCUUAUUUUCACAAAAAAUGUCAUUUCUAAUUUCAAAAAAAUUAAUUUUUAAAUGAACAUUUUCAACAGUAAAAAAAAGAAAAACGUGAACGUGUGAGAAAACGAGAGAGUAAAAAUUAGCGUGUGCGUGCAGAGAGACGCCAGACGAAAAAGGGAUAGACUCCGCCCACUAUUUUCAGCAUAACAUUUUUAUUUGUUGUUUUGCAGAAAACGAGCCACCACUAAUUGAUGCAAAUGGAGAUGGAUUGGGAAAAUAUGAUAUUUUUCAACUCGACAUAAACGGCGUUUAUCAAAAUGUGGGAAAUUGGAAAUCGGCGGAUUCAUCGAAUUUGUUCCUGCGAAACUCGAAAAUCAUGGAGGCUUUUAAGCGAUAUGGAAAUGAAGAACUCGUUAGUGUUUGUUCAGUGGAUUGUGGAAAGGGGUAUUAUCGAACCUAUCAAGAUCAAACUUGUUGUUGGGCUUGUAUCCCAUGCGACAAAACGACAAGUAUUCAUAACAUGACCUCUUGUACACAAUGUGAACUUGGUAAACAGCCUGAUGCAAGUCUCAGUCGAUGUAUACCUCUCACACCGGUUUCAAUGAAAUGGAACACUACUUGGUCAUUGAUUCCGGCGGUUUUUUCAGCGCUUGGAAUCGCGCUGACUAUAUUUGUCGUAUCUGUUUUUCUUCGCUUCUCAAACACACCAGUUAUCAUGGCUUCUGGUAGGGAAUUGUGUUAUUGUAUGAUGGCGGGAAUUGGAAUGUGCUAUAUUUUAACAUUUCUACUUGUAUCAACACCGACAGUUACGACUUGCGCAUUAACCAGGGUACAUUUUUAAGAUAGUUUUUUUCCCAAAAAAAAAAAUUAAAUUUCAAAUUUCAGAUAUUAAUGGGCUUGUCAAUGUCUGCAAUUUACGCAGCAAUUAUAACCAAAACAAAUCGAUUGGCAAGAGUCUUCAAACCCGAUUCCGCUCAAAGACCAAGAUUCAUCACACCCAAAGCUCAAGUCGGAAUCUGCCUCGCAAUCGUCUCUUUUCAACUCGUCGGCACCCUAAUCUGGCUUAUCUUCGAUCCGCCUGGCACUAAAAUCGUCUAUCCAUCUCGAAGUAUUGCAGUUCUGACCUGCAAUGCAACAACUUCUCAUCUUCUAAUCUCAUUAUCAUAUAAUUUACUAUUGAUUGUUGCGUGUACUGUGUACGCAUUUAAAACUCGAAAGAUUCCCGAAAACUUUAACGAGACACGUCAUAUUGGUUUUACAAUGUACAGCACGUGUAUUUUAUGGCUCGCGUUUGGACCAAUCUAUUUUGCGACACAAAGUGAUUUUAGAGUGAGUUAUAUAUGAGCCCUAGGCCCUGGGUCUGUCCUGGGUCUGUCCUGGGUCUGGGCCCUGGGUCUGGGCCCUGGGUCUGGGCCCUGAGUCUGGGUCCUGAGUCUGGGUCCUGGGUCUGGGUCCUAGGCCUUGUAGCCUACGCACGACCAUACCCGUUGAGUCAGACGUGAGAGUAUUUUAAAUACGAAAACAUCCCAAAAUGAAUUUCGUGGCGAGAUAUUUUCCAAUAAAAUGUGUUUGUGUUCCUUUAAACAAAUUACGGUUUUCUUUCAAAGGCUCUGUUUCUCUGUCUUUUUAGACCCCCGUCGUCUCUCAUCUGACCCGAGGGCAAUUUUCUAUUGGAGUAAAAAGGCGUGUAUCCAAAAAAAUAUUGCAGAUUCAAAUAACAUCCCUGUGUAUGUGCAUUUCUUUAUCGGGUACCGUCGCCCUCAUUUGUUUCUUCGCUCCAAAAGUCUAUAUCGUACUAUUCCAACCCUAUAAAAACGUUCGAACUCGUCAAUCAGCCGUCGGUCGAUUAGUCAACCAACAAAUGCGUUUCAUGAGGUUUGUCUUGGAGGUUUAAUCCGCGCAUGAUGUGGACUUUUUUCAUUUUCAUUUUUUUGAAUCACAUUAAUCCCCCUUCUACGCAUGUUUUCUAGCCAAUUGACCUACAACCCCGAUGGAUGUAAUAAUUAUCAACCAAUAUCAUCGAAUCAAUCCUAUAAACCGAGUAGUAAGAACAAUUUUAAUAGAGAAAACAUAUUUGAAAUCUUGUUUUUUGCAGCCGAGGAGAGUUCUCACACGAGCAGCGCUCCGGUUGCACCUCGAGCGAUCCCUCCGCAAGUAAUUGAGCAACUUGCGUCAAAGUUACCUGUUGAGAAAAAUGAAGUUGGUAAGUUAUAAAGGGGGGGGGGUAGAAAGGGUUGAUAUUUAAAGUUACCAAACACGUUAGUCAAAAGAUCUUGGCGUAUUGUUGAAAUUGAAAAAAGUGGAAGGCGUAAAAAACUUUACUUUGUCAGACGCGUGCGGCUGUGCGUUGCGGUCAGGAAACAAAGGUAAAAGGAAUAAUCACAGCCUUUCAAAAAUUAGGAAAAAUUGCAAGCUGAGAGAGACGCAGAGGGAAAAACACAAAAUCCUCAAAUGGAAAUACGAAACACCGAAUCCUUUCGCAGUCGGGCUCCUCGUUUCUAGACCAAGCGCGAGAAAUAUGUUUUUCAAUUUUUUUCAAAUUCAAAAACUUUUUCCGCGUUUGGUUUCGAAGAUCAAAUUUGUUUUAAACUUCUAAAAGGCCGUGUAACUGAUUUUUCCGACCACGACGCGCAGCCGCACGCCACUGUCGGAGUAAAGUUCAGUCAUUAACCCUACCAAAAAUAAAGUUUCAGUGAAAAAGCUCUCACUCCAAGAUAAACCUACCAACAACAACAAUAACGUCAAUAAAUCCAACGAUGAACUUCGUCGUCGAAGACCCAGCAGUAUGCACGCAACAACAGCCACAAUUUCCUGCCAAAAUGGUCUUGGCGAUUUGCCAAACACCGCAAUCGUUCGUCAAGACACAAUCAAAAGCCACGCAAGUUUGGUGGAAGAAGAAGAACCACAACAGGUUGAUUUGAUUCUCGAAGAAAUUGCGGCUGAUACAAAUUCCACGUUUUUAUAA